UCUCCUCCCAUGCCUUAAAUACGGCGUUGAUAUCUUCAGCUGGCCAAAACGACUGGUCAGUUCUUGCACAUCACUCAUUGAAAGGGAAUAUUUUUAUUUUUAAGUUAACAAAUAGUUUUGUUUGACAUGUUGGAGAUGUUUGAGUACAGUCACUACCAGGUGCAAUCUCACCUGGAGAAUCCAUCUAACUACCACCACCAACAGACUCAGAGGCAGCAGGUAAAGAAUUACUUGUCCAGCGCGCUAGGAGCUAAGCUAAGCCCGCAGGCCAGCACAAGGCCCGUCCCCAGCCAGCCUUCAGAGCACGGCAUGCCCCCUGGACCGGGAACCAGCGCACCCAAUAGCCCUAUGGCCCUUCUCACCCUCAACUGUGAGAAAGAGAUGGACGAUGUAAUCGAAGACAUCAUCAGUUUGGAGUCAAGCUAUAAUGAUGACAUUCUUGGAUUUAUGGAUGCUGGACUUCAGAUGACUAAUACGAUUCCAGUUUCUGCGAACAUAUUGGAUAUGUACAACAAUCAUCCUCUUCCUCCAGCUGGGGUUGCCAUUAGCAACACCUGUCCAUCUAACCUACCAGCCGUGAAAAGGGAAUUAUCCGCUACCCCAGCACCCGGCAUGAUGCACAUAAUGGAGAAGCCCGGACCAUGUGGCAAUUUUGACUCUUAUCAAAGGCCCGAAGGCUUUCCAGUAGAAGCUGAGGUCAGAGCUUUGGCAAAGGAGAGACAAAAGAAGGACAACCACAACCUAAUUGAACGAAGACGGCGGUUUAAUAUAAACGACAGAAUUAAAGAGCUGGGAACAUUAAUUCCCAAGUCCAAUGACCCAGACAUGAGGUGGAAUAAGGGGACCAUUCUCAAGGCUUCGGUGGAUUAUAUUAGGAAACUGCAGAAAGAGCAACAGAAAGCAAAAGAACUCGAGAACCGACAGAAGAGACUUGAGCACGCCAACAGACAUCUUUUGCUUCGAAUUCAGGAGCUUGAGAUUCAAGCCCGUGCUCACGGCCUCGCUGUAGUGGCCUCUUCCACGCUUUAUUCCUCCGAUCUGGUAGCUCGAGCGAUCAAGCAGGAGCCCAGCAUGGGGGACUGCUCCUCAGAUCUCUACUCUCACCUCCCCAGCCCUGACAUGUCCCGACCCACCACUCUAGACCUCAACAAUGGCACCAUCAGCUAUGACAGUCCCGCAGAAGAUCGGGAACCAGGUGUCUACGGCAGUCCCAACAAAACCUCCAGCAAUCUGGGGGACAUGAUAAUGGACAACACUUUGUCUCCAGUGGGCACCAAUGACCCCCUGCUCUCAUCUGGCUCCCCCAUGUCUUCCAACAGCAGUAUGGAUGAACAUGACAACAUCUGUUAGCAUUGCGAACAAACUCAGCAGAACCAAAGUUAGAUGAAUAGAUGUUUCUUUAUAUAUUGUGAUUUAAGGUCUGCACAGCGCUAUCUCACGAGAAUUUGUAUAUAUUUUAAGAGUUGGCUAAUUCGUAUUAAUUCAUACGACCACAUUCAUAAGUUUUUGUAUAAUUUGCCAUGACCCCUGUUGAUGCUGGGGUUAGGUGCGGGGUUAGGUUUUGUUGUUGUUCUUUUCAUGAGAAUCGUACGUUUUUGAACGAUUAACUUUGUAUUAAUUCAUACGAAUUAGCCAACUCGUAAAAUAUGUACGAAUUCUCGUAAGAUCAGGCUGGUUUCCUUUUAAUGCAAAUGAUGCAUAACAUGAAGAACACAAUUAAUGACAGUAUUUAUCUGGGUUUUUUUGUAUAUUUAUAGUAUAAAUAUAGCAUUUAAAAAAAUGAUUUGUUGGGCCAACUUAAAAAAGUAAGUUACCUGGUUGCCUUAAAAUACCUAGUUCAUUACAAAUAUUAGUUAACUCAAAAAGUUGUGUAAAAUAUUCU